AUGUCCACACCGUCCACAGCUACUGCAACCCAUCCCUCUCACCAGCGCUACGGAUACCCCCAUUCUUCAUACCAAGCGACGACUUCUUACCCAACCCCGACUACAACCGCAGGGGCUCGCUUGACAAAUCCCUACACCUACUCCGUCCCCUCGCCAACCACCGCUCCGACCACCACCCUUCCCUACAACCCAUCUACUCGAGUCGCGCCGGCGAGGUCGACCCCGUCGGGCAUGGCUUCCCAUCAAAGUGGAUCCAGCGCGGCCCCCUCGCAAAGUGGUCGGAAAAAGAAGCCCGAUUGGGGCGAAUUCUACAAGAAUGGUAUCCCCAAAGAAGUCAUUGUGAUAGAUGACAGUCCAGGCCCCGAGGCCUCCAAGGCCUCCAAAUCUGCUCCAGGUCACGGCGCGUCGGCCGGCCAACCAGCUGUACCCCAGCCUGCGGGCAAGCGACGACGCACUGGAAUCGAGACUGCCUAUGAUUUGGGCUAUUAUGACCGACCUUCCUUUUCCAUCAAUCCUCAGCAGUAUGGGGAGGAUUCGUCGAACUCACUAUCAACCGACCGAACUACCUCUCUGCACACUACAGCCCCGACGUCACUGGGCUCUCAGGGCAGCACAGGCGCCAGCAACGGUAUUUACUACGAAGAUGCUUCAGCUGGUCAAAAGCGUAAGCGGACCACUCGGAAGUCAGCCCGCGACGAGCAAAAACGGCGCGAACUUGAAACUGUCGGCGACGCGUUCCUGGAAUAUGUUCCACCACCGCACCCGGUCAUCAAAGCCAAAGAUGUGCCCGUGCCUGUCAUUCGUGAUUACACGAGCGCGCGACAUGAAAAGUUUGACGAUGACGAUGGUCACUACAUUGUGACUCCCGAUACACCGUUAACGGAUCGAUACUCUGUUAUCAAACUGCUCGGGCAGGGCACAUUCGGAAAAGUAGUGGAAGCCUAUGACAAGACGCGCAAGGCCCGCUGUGCGAUCAAAAUCAUCCGCUCCAUCCAAAAGUACAGGGACGCUUCCCGGAUUGAACUGCGAGUACUGUCAACUCUAGCCUCAAACGACAAAAGCAAUCGCAACAAAUGUAUCCACCUGCGAGACUGCUUCGAUUUCCGCAACCAUAUCUGCAUCGUCACCGACUUGCUGGGCCAGAGUGUAUUUGAUUUUCUGAAAGGCAACGGCUUCGUUCCCUUCCCCAGCAGUCAGAUUCAGAGCUUUGCGCGCCAGUUAUUCACAAGUGUGGCCUUCCUUCACGACCUCAACCUGAUUCACACCGAUCUCAAACCCGAAAACAUUCUCCUCGUCAGCAACGCCUACCAGACUUUUACAUACAACCGCACUAUCCCCUCCUCCUCCCAUGCGAACCCUCGAAAUGCUCGGCAGCGACGGGUUCUCCUUGACAGCGAGAUCCGUCUAAUUGAUUUUGGCUCUGCCACUUUCGACGAUGAAUACCAUUCUUCGGUGGUUUCCACAAGGCACUACAGGGCACCUGAAAUCAUUUUAAACCUGGGGUGGAGUUUCUCAUGUGAUAUCUGGAGUAUUGGAUGCAUUCUGGUGGAGUUUUUCACCGGGGAUGCCUUGUUUCAGACCCAUGACAACCUUGAACACUUGGCUAUGAUGGAGGCAGUCAUCGGACACAAGAUCGAUCCCCGAUUGAUUCGGCAAGUCAUGGCAGGACGCGGGGGUAAUCACAACUCCGCCGCCAAAUACUUCGUCCGCAACAAACUUGACUACCCGAAUACCGAAACAACCCGGGCAUCCCGGAAGUAUGUUCGUGCAAUGAAAGAACUAACUGACUUCAUCCCUACCAGCACUCCCUUCAACCGACAAUUCCUGGACCUGUUACGCCUAAUAUUCGUAUAUGACCCUAAGCAACGAAUCACUGCCAAGGAUGCAUUGAAGCACCCAUGGUUCAAAGAGAGUAUCGUCGAUGAUGGCACAGAGGCAUAUCGGAUCGGUAUGGGCUUGCAUCGCCCCAACGCUCGCUAG